AUGGAUGUUCCAUUUACAAUACAUUUUGAUGUCGAACAGAUUAAUGCAGUGAAUGAGGCCGAUAAAUUAGCAAUUUCGACUUAUUCUAUUAAUGUUACGUUAGACCACACGAUUGGAGAUAUCAAACAACUGAUAUGGAAGAAUUCGCAAGAUUAUUCUUUAAAGCCAAUAUUUUUAACUAUAAAGCAUAACGAAAGUGUAAAGAAAGAUCAUGAGAGAUUAUGUGAUGUGUUACAGACACCCGAAGCAACUGAUAACCCAAUUUUUCAUGGAUUUAAACUAAUAAUUGAUUAUACACUUUUCAAUUCUCCAAGUGUACCAAGACGUGAUCCAGUAGAAGAAUUGUUUGAUAUCAUUAUUGAUUUUGAAGAACCUGGAAAUCAGACUUUCAAGAUAAGAGAAACUUUAGAUUGUACGAUUGGGGUCUUAAAGGACUAUAUUGUAGAAGAGAAGGCAAGACACGGGCUAACUUUGAAUAGAGAAUCCAUCAACUUGAUUUUAGCAUCUAAUAACAUAACUUGUACAGACAAUGAACUGCGCUUGAGUAGGGCUUUAAAACUAGAUGUUACGCCUUCAAGACCUGUUUCAUUCAAAGUUCAAACAAGAAUUGCAUCAGAUGGUGGGGUCAGUGGUAGAAGGAGAUUUCAUAUCAAGAUAGAUUCCACUAUUUCUGCAUUAGAACAAGGUAAUAACCUCUUUGAAGUAAACUUUCGAACUACAGUGUAUGAAUUUAAACAACAAAUAAUAGAACGGAUGGAUUAUCAGUCUGUCAGAAGGACAUUUUUUGAUCAAGUAAGAUUAUAUUAUGCUACUCAGUUAAUUGAAAAUACCACGCAGAUAAAUGAUUGUUCACUAUAUGAUGUGUUAUUAUUGAAUGACGAGAUUUUAAAUCAAAAUAAUGGAAUAAUCACUAUGAAUCUUGAAGUCACAGAUAGUUUGAGUGGAAACGGAGGAGUAUUAAGCCGAGACUUUUGGCAGGAUUUGCGUUCUCAGAAUAGAUUUGAGUUUUCACCAAAUAGUAGUAAUGAUCUAAGAAAUAUAGGCGAAGACGAAAACAACUCACAUAAUAUUGCGCCCAUCGAACCCACAAGAAUUAUAUUAGAAGGAGGAGUAGAAUGGAAUUUGACUGGAGAGACCUUUGAAGUCAUUCAAGAGAACGCGAGAGACCAGACCCACCUCGAUCAAACACGAAGGAGAGUAUUGGUUAACCAAACAAACCUUGCGUCCCGUGAUUAUGAGUUUGCAUUACAGGUUCCUGGUGAGAGCGUAGAAAGGAAGGUCAUUUUAAACACAUCUCAAUGUAUUAUCGUUGAUAAUGGGACCCACCAGCCAUACGUAUUAUUGAAUCCUUCAGGUGCUUCAUUACUAAAUUCUGUUUUUAGACUGGCGAAUAAUGAAACCUUAAUUCAGAAGGUGAGUGUACUCAUGUACGAUGCUCUGCAAAAUGCUAUGGAGAAUGAGAUACCAGAACCACAAGUGAAUAAUCUAGCCAAUGGUAAUGGCCACAAUAGAGCUCCUGUAGCUGGCAAUCAAGGCGAAACAGUAAUAGAUAUUGCUGUUGACUUAAUGAGAAAUAAUAUAAGAAGAUGGUUAAGCACCAUAAUGAGAUGUGUUUUUCUCAUAUAUAUAUUGGGAAUUAAUGCCCUUUUCAUAGCUUUCUGGAAAGAGCUAUUAAUGUACGGAAUAAUAUUUGGAACUUUCUACGUGCUAGUUUUUGCUGGGAAUGAUGUUGCAAAUUGGGUGGAGGAGAAGUUCCAUUUGAAUAGAAAUGAUAACAGACGAAGAAGGAUAGAUGAGAAAUUACUCUUGAGGUUAAUCAGACUUUUACAUUUUACAGACACUGUUACCACCAAUAUAUUCUCAAUACUCAGAAAUGAAUUGAUUCGUACUGCAGUGGACAGAACUAGACCAUACGAGUAUGUAUUUCGUAAUGAGUUUGAGCAGAAUAGCCUCUGGUUCCAUGCAAUUGAAACAUUCACCAAUUUGUGGAAAGACGGUCUCUUAAUGUUAUUAUUACUGCUCCCCUCGUUUUCCGAUAAAAUAUACGAGGAGCUUGAAAAAUGGAGAUCAAAUGAAAUAGACGAUUUGGCGCUUGAGGUCAGAAUACUACGCGAGUUAACCGUUGAUGCCAUAGAUAGCCGAAGACAAGGCGCAAAUAGCCCAAAAUUCACAGAGGACCUUGUAAAUGAAUACACGGGUUACGUAUAUAACGAUUUGAUACAAGAUUCAUCUGAAUCGUAUACUGCAACCGAGGACCGCUACCAAUCAUUACUCGAGUACUACAUAAAAUUGCAUUACCUUCAUACUGACAUGGACAGAUUACUCGCGAAUCAUGGACCGGAUCCAGCAACCAUAGUUCUUCCCACAAAUUAA